ACAGGUGAAGUUGUAGAGUGUCAGUUUCAUUUCACACUGUAGAUGAGGAUACCAGUAUAUAGUUUUUUCUUGCGUUUGGAGUGGUUGGUGCAAGUUUUCUCUUGGCAGUGCACGGAAGAAUUUUCUGGUCAGACUCUGCUUUUUCAGGCAAUACAGAUCCAUCUUUCUAUGCUUCUUGAAACCAGAUAUUGAGCAGACAAUGAAUGUUGAACAGUCAAUUGGUGGCCUUUUAAACCUUCUUACUUUUUGGAGUCUUAUGAAGCAAACUCUGACUGCUCUCCCUGUAUUUUCAAUCAGAGCUCUUUGCAUUACGAGGACAAAUGUUACCAAAAUUCUCGACCUAUUCACUAAGGAAGAAUAUAAAUCUCUUGAAGACCCUUCUUGAAAAAUGAAAUAUGUGCUAAGACAGCCGGUUAUCUUUUCAUUUUCGUGCAUUUUAACUGCUCCAGAAUUUAAUUCAACCUAACACCCUAUUAAACUUUUCUUUCCUUUUUGUUUUUUGGGUUUACUGAUUUUGAGUAAGAGACAUGCUGGCACUUAGCAAAUCUGCAAAGUUCUACAUGCUGUGGCUGCAUUUGUUAAGGCCAAAGACAAGAUGAACUGUGAAACAGAUUUGGACAGACAACAAAACUCGUUCUGCACUUAGAAAAUUUGCUGACCUCUCUCUCUCUCUCUCUCUUGUGCACGCAUGCUCGAAUUUUGCAGAGGCAUUGUGUGAAUGAGCAUGAUUUGUUGUUAGAUUGGAGAUGACUCAUCCAUCGUGUCAGAUUUGUUUGAGUCACUUCUAGAUCAACCCUGUCUCCACACGAUCAAGUAGUGGCCCUUAAUUUCAACCAACUACCGAAAAAAGUUACAAAUUGGAAAAGAUAUGAUCCUAAGUCAACUGUAUGGGAACCAAACUUCAGUAUGCCAUCAACCCACUAGCAGUAGCUUCACCAAGUAGCCACAUUUUUUCUUUUCACCGUGUGGAUGAGCGGGACUAUUUUGAGAACAGAGAGCUCAAAGAAAGCAUCAGGAACACUGGAGUGAACAAGUUUAUAGACCCCAUGGAUCAGGUGGCCGACAAGGACAACAUCGAAUCUAUCAGAAAGACAAUACAGAUGCACGAAGAUAUCUUCAAGCAACAGGUGCAAGAACUCCACCGGCUGUACAGUGUUCAAAAGAUGCUAAUGAGUGAGCUGAAGAAAGAAAUAGAGCAAAAUAGAAUCCGGAAUACCAUGAGGAGUUCAGAGACUAACUAUGUCGUCAAUUGGCCCCAGCAAACAAGUCAACCCAGUAGCAGCCGUCCGUUUCAUUUACAAAGUCUGAGCAAUGACCCGAGUUCAAAUGAGAGGAGCAGUAUCAGCUGCGUUGAGGCCAUAAGAAGGCCGAGGGGUUUCGACCUUGAAAGCCCAGCUAAGGAAAACAGCAACAUUGACGAAGAAUUACCGGGGCCUAGCUUUAGUAACCCUCGCAAAAAUGAAGGAACAAGCAUCGAAGGCUCGGAUGAAGAAACUGAAGUGGAGCUAACAUUAAGCAUAGGAGGGAAAAGGGGCAAUGAAAUGUCCAAAAGCUACCAGCAGCAUUACAGCAAACCAGAAGCCGGUUUCUCCAGGAUGAAUCAUAAGGAGCUCAUUUCAUCAUCGUCACACAUGUCAGAACGAGGUGAUGCUUGCAGUGGACCCACCACCAGUAUCGGUGGUUCAGCUACUGCAUCCGAUCGGGAAAGAAAACAGGCGCAUUGGCUGUUCCAAGUCUGAAGUUGACAUUAUUUGAAGAUAGGGCAUGUUCAGUCAUCUUAAGCCUCUCCCGAACCAUCUUAUCAACAUGAUUCAUCAUCCAUUCAGAUUCUAUUUUGCUUCUCCUGAUUCUAAUAAGAAGAUCACUUUGCCAUUUCUGAUUUCACAUUGAUGUAAAUACCUUUUAAUUAAGGUUUAUCAUCCUAAAUUCCAGCACAUAUGUCUAGGACUUAAUCUACCCUAUGAGCCAGAAGACAAGCAUGAAUUUUGCAGAGUAAAUCUUCUUUUUCGAA